AUGGGCCGAAGAGAAGGGCGGUGGGGGUGUGGCCUUCUCCUUCCUCAAUCUCUUCUCCUUCUCCUGCUGCUUCUUUUAUGCGGCCACGCCCACGCUACUCUCGUGGCAUACUAUUCCUUUGAUAAUGCAACGGUAGACUCUAUCCCCGCACUAUCUGGAUACUGCCCGGCCAACGUGCCCGUUGCGCUUGCUGGCCCUGCCUUUGCGGCAGUCAAUGAUUCGGGCAUGUUCAACCAAGGCCUUUGCUUCCUGUCCAGCCGCGGCUACAUGGGCACGUGUCUGCCAACCUCCCUUCUGGUUUGUAGCUGCAGCGCGAGCAUGCAGGGCUAA